GAAUAAUUUAGAUAAUAAAGACAAAGUAUUCGAUAUCUAGACCGGCUAUAGAUCCAGGAUUGGAGGGGGAAUAUACAGUCGGUUAAUUAUAGAGUCGAUAUUCAGCACUAAGGCAAGGAGGGCACAGUUGCGGAGGGUCAGCACAGAGUGGCAUCGGUUUUUGCAGUUCCCGUGCGCGAUGCAGACCAAGCCAAAGAAAGGAACCCGCGCGGCAGCUGACAGAAAGGAGGCUAUUAAGGAGGAAUAUUAACGGUGGAAGAUAAUAAGAUUAGUGGAUAUAGAGCAGCAGUUGAAAGCGUUGGUAGGUAAAAAGGCCGAAUUUCGGGGCGUGCAAAAACCAGUAUUAAAGGCUAUUAUGCACUAUAAAAGCCCGGUAGUUGCUAUUAUAGGCACAGGUGGAGGCAAGAGCGUGUUGUUUAUAUUGCCAGCAUUGUGUUUAACAGGCGUGACAGUAGUAGUUAUGCUAUUAGUGUUGUUGCGGGAGGAUAUAAAAAGCCGUUGCAAUAAAGCCGGCAUCGGUUACAUUAAAUAGAACAGUUAAAGUCCGCAAGAAUAGGCGCAGGUUGUGUUGGUCACGCCGGAGUCGGCGGUUGGGGAGGUAUUUAGCAAUUUUAUUAACCGACAGCGGUUAAUAGGACGGUUGGACCGGAUUAUAAUUAAUAAAUGCCACGUAAUUUUGGAUUUAGUAGGCGGGUGGAGGAGCAGGAUAUUGGCGUUAAGGAAUUUGGUUAUAAUAGAAAUGCAGUUGGUGUAUUUAACGGCAACAAUCCAGCCCCGAGAAGAGGAGGAAUUUAUUCGAUUAAUAGGGUUACCAGCUAGG